AGGGGAAGGGCAGAGGCGGGGACCGCGCCCUGGGCGGGAACGGCGCAAUCCUCCCCCUCCGCAUAUCUCCCAGCCCUUUGUAGUCUCCUUUCAAGUCGAGGGUGUCCGAUUUCGGGAUCUGGAGGCGAGCAGCGCCCCUCCCCGACCCCUCCUCCUCCUCCUCUGCCCGCUGGAAGGGGAAAUAUGAAGGGGAGUUUCUGCAGCAGCAGCAGCUCAGUGAGGAGGAGAAAAAGCCGCGGAGGAGAAGCCGGCAGGGAAACAGGGACGGCCAGAGAGGUUGCAGAGGGCAAGGAAGGCGCCUGAGGAGCCCCAGACGCCUCUCUGCGCGCGCCCAGAGUCCUUCGGGGCGCCCGGCAUGGGGCGCGCCGCCUUGUAUUGAAAGCCCUCCGCGCAGGAGGGGGAGCGCGUGGAGUUCAGCCUCGGGCAGAAGCCGCCGCCGCCGCCGCGCGAGGAGCUGGAACUUGGCUGCCUCCUCCUGCUCGUGCCGCUGGCCCCGAAGAGAGAGCGGGGAUUCUGAUUCCGCCAGGUGGGUGCCCAGAAGAGGCUCUCCAGCCCGCCCCUUCAUCUUCUUCCCGCACAAGGAUUUUGUGUGCGUGUGUGGCGGGGGUUGGGGGAUUAUUGGCAUUGCAAGGGAGGCACAAAGCUUCCCGGAGAAGAAAGUGUUGAGGGAGAGGAAGAAAGCGCCGGAGGAUAAAAGGAAGAAAGAGGCGGAAGGAAAAGUGAGAGGCUUGGACGGGGGAAGCCGCUGGAGAGCUGGAAAUGUCCUGUCUCUGCUGCAGCCUGGUGAGAUACCUGUUCCUAGCCCUGCUCUUGCAAGGGCUGGGAGAAGGUUCUGCACUUCUUCAUCCAGACAGCAGGUCACACCCUCGAUCAUUAGAGAAGAGCGCGUGGAGAACUUUCAAGGAGUCACAGUGUCCUCACAUGUUGAAACAUCUUCAUAAUGGAGCCCGAAUUACUGUGCAAAUGCCUCCUACUAUCGAGGGACACUGGGUCUCCACCGGUUGUGAAGUAAGGUCGGGCCCAGAAUUCAUCACUAGAUCCUACAGAUUCUACCACAAUAAUACAUUCAAGGCCUAUCAGUUUUACUACAGAGGUAACCGAUGCACAAACCCAAUCUAUACCUUAGUUAUCCGUGGCAAAAUUCGCCUUCGCCAAGCAUCCUGGAUCAUUCGAGGAGGGACUGAAGCAGAUUACCAGCUGCACAACAUACAGAUAAUCUGCCAUAGUGAGGCAGUGGCUGAGAGACUAAGCCAGUUGGUGAACCGCACAUGCCCUGGAUUUGUACCAGAAGAUAAAGCCUGGGAGCAGAAUGUGAGCUACGAUUUGUGGAGAGAAGAGAAUGGCUACGAAUGCACCAGAGCACUGAAUUUUGCUAUGCAUGAGCUUCAACUAAUCCGUGUAGAGAAACAGUACCUUCACCAUAAUUUAGAUCACCUGGUUGAGGAGCUAUUUCUUGGAGACAUACACACUGAUCCUGCUCAGAGGAUGUAUUAUCGUCCAUCUAGUUACCAACCCCCUCUUCAAAAUGCUAAGAACCAUGACCAUUCAUGUAUAGCAUGCAGGAUCAUCUAUCGGUCAGAUGAACACCACCCACCAAUUUUACCUCCGAAGGCUGAUUUGACUAUUGGAUUACAUGGGGAAUGGGCGAGCCAGCGCUGCGAAGUGCGUCCUGAAGUGCUCUUUCUCACCAGGCACUUCAUCUUCCAUGACAACAACAAUACCUGGGAAGGUCAUUACUAUCAUUAUUCUGACCCAAUCUGCAAGCACCCCACUUUCACCAUCUAUGCCAAGGGUCGUUACAGCCGGGGAGUACAUUCAUCCAGAGUGAUGGGCGGAACAGAAUUCGUGUUUAAAGUGAAUCAUAUGAAGGUUACACCCAUGGACAUAGCUACUGCCUCUCUACUGAAUGUCUUCAAUGGAAAUGAGUGUGGGGCAGAAGGAUCAUGGCAAGUUGGGGUGCAGCAAGAUGUUACUCACACCAACGGCUGCAUUGCUUUGGGAAUUCGCCUGCCGCAUACAGAGUACGAGAUCUUCAAAAUGGAGCAGGAUGCCAGAGGGAGAUACUUGUUGUAUAAUGGCCAGAGACCUAGUGAUGGAUCCAGUCCAGACAGACCAGAAAAGAGAGCCACCUCAUACCAAAUGCCCUUAAUUCAAUGUACUUCAUCCGCACCAAGAGUAGAUGAAACUUUAGAAGAAAACAAACUAGGAUGGUACAGCAGUGGAGCACCAGCAAAAAAUCCCUGUGCUUUUGUUUUGGUUAUGAUGCUGGCUGUUAGUACUGUGCCAACGUUGGGCAUUUACAGCUAGAACUGCAUUUUCAAAUGACUCCUAUCAGGGCAAGUGUAGGACUUAGGCUACAUGGGGAGAUGAUGUCAUAAAGCAUCUUAACAGACAAAAAAAGAACAUUUUCUUGAUGCCUGAAGAACUGUUGUUCCUUUUAUCCUCCUUGAAGAAUCAUGAAUAGCACCAGUUUGCUUCUGCUUUGAACUCCAUCCAAUCUGAUCCAUGGCCUGAAAUGACUGCACAACAGUAAUUGCACUUUAAAACUGCAGUUCUUCACCCUUCACCCUGUCUUCAGUUUGUUCUUUGGAAGAAAAACUUAUUGGGCUGAACUAUCCUACACAACUUUUCAUCUACCAACUGUGCUGUUGCAGUUGCUCCUACUCCCCAAAUCAGUUUCAUCUUUGAAUUUGAUUAUCUAGAAUUAUGCUUUUAUCGUAUUGUGUCAAUACUGAUAAACUGCAUUGUUCUUAUGUUACAGUGUAUAUAAUGUAUAUAUGAAAAAUCCAACUAAGGAUGUAUCUUAAAUACACUUUUAUAGAGUUUACAUAAAAUAUUAAAUGAUCUUUAGGAUCAAGAAUGCUGAUUGGAAAAUCUCAAAUUAAACCUGCACAGAUAAUUUAAAUGAUUGUAUAUAUAGGUGGUGAAUUUAAGAAUAAUCAGAGAUUUAGAGUGACAUAUGGCGCCAAUGUUCUUUAAUAAGUUGCCCAACUUAUCACAGUUCAAAGCAAUUUCAGGGGUCCACCAACCACUUUCCAUCAACUUUGAAAAAGCAAAGACAAAGGGAAGAAAGCAACAAGAUCUCUCAAAUAUAGAAACCAAGGUGAAUUGCACCAUAUCUUCAUAAGAAAUUCAGGAUAGUGGACUGUUUGCCAAAUGCAAUGCACUUGACAUUCAUUUUAUUAAACUGGGCAAUUCAAUAAAGCAAGCAAGGCUUAAUCUUUAUCUUUAUAUAUUUAUUUUUGCAAGACUUUUUUUUAAAGAAUUCAUAAUAAGAUGUGGCAAAAAUGGAGUUUAACUAGGAGCGGGAUGCUAGCCAAGUCUGUUUCCUUUUAUUGGUGAAGUAGACAAACUGAAUAUUAAAUGAUUCCUUUUUUCACUGGGAAUGGGACUUGUAAACUCCAUUGCUUUAAAUCAGGGACAGGGAAACCUAUCGCUUUCACAUUGUUGGACAGAACCCCAACCAGCAUGGUCAUUGAUGAUGGGAGUUUAGUCCAGCUACACCUGGAGGGACAAUUUCCCCACCCCUGCUUUAAAUUCUCAGGAGCCUCUUUACAUAAUGCCACAAUGACAAGGCCAGGAAAACAUCAAAAGAUACUCUCCCUAAAUACCAUCUUAUUUAAAACCAGCAGUUUGAAGAACAAAUUAUCUCUUCUCUUUCAUGCAUGUGUAUUCACAUAUAAUUUAUUGACAUGUACAAGGGGGACAAGUUUCAAAUCCACUGGUGAAAAAUAGCAAUGGGUAAACCAAGCCACGGUGUUGGGUCCCUUAGUAUAAUAGGAAGUGUUCUGUCAUAAAAUGCAAACUUACAAAUUGGGACGUAUGAUAAGAAGGAAAGGAGCAAUAAGAAGCUGCAGAGGGAAGGUGGCAUAAAGAAACUUUUCUCCCUUCUGUACAUAGAAGCAUAAGAUCAGAGUCUUCUAUCAACAAAGGGACACAACUAUAUACAACCUGUGGUAAGGCACAACAAACAGAAAGUGAAGGAUGCAACUGAGUCUACAAAAUAUUGGAAAAGGGACCAUUCUUACCAGCAGAAUUAUAGUUCUAAUGUAUAAACAUUCACUGGAAGCUGCUGCCAUGGGCUUCCUUUCUCCACUUAUUUUUUAUCAUCUGCAGAAGUGAAAGGGGAACUCAUUUAUGCUGAAGUAAGCAGAGAUACAAUUCAGAGAGAGAUCUUGUACUUUUGACAAUGACAGUGAAAAGCACCAUGUGCAACACCUGUAUUUCCACAUCUGCCAUAACUAGAUGUGAGAAACCUCUGCAUAUAUUUGGUUCUGGGCUGCAGAUUCUUUGACUGUUCUGCCACAGGGUAGAUUAUGAUUCCUGAAUUGGGAAUCUGCUACAAAGCUUCACCUGUCCAUCAGCCCUCCCUGCCACCUAGAAUAAUAGAAUCUCAGAAUUGUAGAAUUCGAAGGGACCCCAAGGGUCAUCUAGUUCAGGAAUAUCAACUAAAUCAUACAUGGCAUAUGGCUGCCCAACAUCUACUUUAAAACCUCCAAUAUCCUCCUUAAAUUGUGGUCCUCAGAACGGGGCACAAUACUCCAGGUGUGGCCUGACCAAGGCAGAAUAGAGCAGUACUUACUUCCCUUGAUUUGCUCCUGCAUAGCACUGAUGAGUCAUGUUAAGCUUGGGGGUCCUUUCCACAUGUACUAUUGACAAACCAGAUGUCCCCCAUCUUAUAAUUGUGCAGUUGUUCAUGCCUAAGUAUAGAACCUUACAAUUGUCCUUACUGAAAUCCAUUUUGGCCGUUUUCCAAUCUUGUUAAGGUCAUCUUGAAUCCCGAUUCCGAUGCCCCUGAAUACUUUCAUCCAAGUCAUUUAUAAAGAUGUUGAACAACAACAGGCCCAGGACAGAACCCUGUGGCAUCCCAUUUGUCACGUCUUUUCCAGGAUGACAAGAAACCAUUAGUGAGUACUCUUUUGGUUUGGGCAGUCAACAAGCUGCAAAUACACCUAACAGUUACCUCUUCCAGUCCACAUUUUGCCAGCUUCUCUGCAAGAAUAUGAGGGACUUUGUCAAAAGCCUUACUGAAAUCAAGAUACACUAUGUCCACAGCAUUCCCCUGAUCUACCAUGCUUGCAACUAUUUUUUUAAAAAAUGACUCUUCUGGCAUGACUUGCUUUUGAGAUACACAUGCUGGGUCUUUGUAAUCAAAGCAUCUUUUAAUUAUCUGUUCUAGGGCAUUUCCUGGUAAAUGUUAAGCUGAUUGGUCAAUAGUAACCUGGGUCUUCUCACCACCCUUUUGAAGAUGGGGACAUUUGCCUGCCUGGAGAACAGGUGAAAUAUUUCUGCCUUCUGCAAAGACUUCAUCUGUUCUCCAAGAAUUCUCAAAGAUUAUAGACGCAGGCUCUGAUAUCAAAUGUGCAAGCUCCUUUACUACUCUUGGGUGCAGCUCAUCAGGCCCUGGAGAUUUGAAUUCCUUACCACCUGGUUUACUAUGUUGAGCUGCAGCUCCCUCCCCUCCUUGCAUUGUUUGUUAUGCUUUCAUCAGGUUAGGCACUGGCUUUCCUUUUGGGUGAAGGCAGAGGAAAAUAGGUGUUGAUCAGUUCCGCCUUCUGUCACCCAAUAGCAUUUAUCUUCUCCACGCAAGAGAUCUACUACUUGCUUGUUCUUCCUCUUGCUUCAAACACAACCAAAGAAACUUAUUAUUAUUUUAAACCUCUCUUGCAAGCCUGAGUUCAUUCUGAGCUUUGGCCUGCCUGACCUUCUCCCUGCAACUGUAUACUCUUCCUUCCUGAUUUCUCCUUCCUUCCAUUUCUUAUACAUUCCCUUCUUACACCUCAGCUCAUCUGUAAGCUCCUUAUGCAGCCACACCCGUUUAGGUGCCUCCCACUUUUCUUGUUGCAAAUUGUCUGCAUUUGUGCCUUCAAUAUUUCACCUUUAAGAAUCACAUACUGGGCUCCCUUCUCUUCUGAGUAUUUCUGACCACAGUAGUUCCUUAAGAUUUUUGAAAUCAGCCAUCUUAAAGUCCAGAAUGCAUGUUGGACUACACUCGGUUUUCUCUUGCCUCUGAGGACAUGAUCAGUUUUUCCCAAGGUUCCCUGUACUUUCACUUUGUUGAACAGUUCCUCCCUAUUGGUGAGUACCAGGUCCCCUUGCUGCUGCUUCCACUUUCUGGGAAGUGAGGGAAUUGAGGAAUUUGUUGGAUGUUACCUUAUUGGCAGAGUUUGAGUUCCAACAGAUACUGAAAUGGCUGGAAGUCUCCCGUGACUAUACCACUUCUUUUCAAUAGUUUGGUAAAGUGCUUUAGGAAGGCACCGUCCAGGUUUGAAGGCAUGUUUGACUGGGAAGUUGGAACAGAGUAGAGCUGGGGGCAAGUUUGAGAUUUUAAGGUGGUUGUAUAUUUGCAUAAAACCAAGGGUGUGUUUUUUAAAAAAGAUAUUUUAUUUUUGUAACAUUAAAAAACUAUAUUUUCUUCCCAGUUUUCUUCUCUAGUUUAAAGUGCCAGGGAAGUUUCAGUACUUGUUGAAAAUGUUGAUUAAAUAAAGAGUAAAUGAAACCAAAA